AUGGGUUUGCACUACAAAGCCUCCGGCGGGGGUGGCAUGUUCGGAGAUGUUAAUAUAUCAGCAAUUUUAGACUCUUUCAGUAUAAGUUAUGAUAAAAGAGUAAGGCCAAAUUAUGGUGGACCACCCGUGGAAGUGGGGGUUACCAUGUACGUGCUCUCCAUCAGCUCUCUGUCUGAAGUGAAAAUGGACUUUACAUUGGACUUUUAUUUUCGACAAUUUUGGACGGAUCCACGACUAGCAUAUAAGAAACGAGCCGGGGUUGAGACACUAUCAGUUGGGUCCGAAUUUAUUAAGAAUAUUUGGGUGCCCGACACAUUUUUUGUUAAUGAAAAGCAAUCUUAUUUUCAUAUAGCCACUACUAGUAACGAAUUUAUAAGGAUACAUUAUUCAGGAUCUAUUACAAGAAGUAUAAGAUUAACCAUUACAGCAUCUUGCCCUAUGAAUCUUCAAUAUUUCCCAAUGGACCGUCAAUUAUGUCACAUUGAGAUAGAGAGUUUCGGGUACACAAUGAGAGACAUUCGGUACCAUUGGAAGGACGGCUUAGCAAGUGUCGGGAUGAGUAACGAGGUGCAGUUACCUCAAUUCCGGGUUCUGGGACAUCGACAACGCGCUACAGUUGUAACUCUAACGACAGGAAACUACUCAAGAUUGGCUUGUGAGAUCCAAUUUGUGCGUUCAAUGGGAUACUAUUUAAUUCAAAUUUACAUUCCAUCUGGUCUAAUUGUUAUCAUAUCAUGGGUAUCAUUUUGGUUAAAUCGUAACGCGACACCUGCUCGCGUGGCGCUAGGUGUGACUACGGUAUUGACAAUGACCACGCUCAUGUCCUCAACAAACGCUGCUCUGCCAAAGAUCUCAUACGUCAAAUCCAUAGACGUGUACCUGGGCACUUGCUUCGUAAUGGUCUUCGCCAGUCUGUUAGAAUAUGCUACGGUUGGAUAUAUGGCAAAGAGGAUACAAAUGAGAAAACAGAGGUUUAUGACGAUUCAAAAGAUUGCAUCGGAGAAGAAAAUGCCAGUCGACUGUCCACCAGUUGAGACCCACACGCUUUCGAAAAUGAAUACUAUUGGAAGAUGUAACUCCGGUCGACCAUCAGAAGUCCGAUUCAAAGUGCAUGAUCCCAAAGUACAUUCGAAGGGUGGAAUAUUGGAGAACACCAUAAAUGGCGGAAGAAAUACAGAAGAAGAAAAUCCGCCGGUCCCUCAGCUAUUACCACCUUGCAAGGACAUCAGCAAGUUACUUGGAAUGACUCCGUCGGACAUCGACAAAUAUUCGCGUAUCGUUUUCCCUGUAUGCUUUGUCUGCUUCAAUCUAAUGUACUGGAUAAUAUACCUGCACGUUUCCGAUGUCGUAGCUGACGAUCUGGUACUUCUGGAAGAGGAUAAAUAG